UGCUUUUAGCGCGUCCGACGUUUCGUUCCCUGCAUAUGCUCCCCGGCACACGCGCGCACGAUCGUUUCCUAACGCCAUGCCCGUGGUCACUGACACGUUUGCCUAGUGUCUUCUGAUCUGCCCAAUGUAGCAGCACAAUGCAAGCACCAAGUGGCUGUUUGUUUGGGAGAAAAAUUAGGUAAUUUGUUGCAUGAUUGCGUGCAUGAAAUCCCUUUGGUCGUUCUAUUCAAUCGUUUCGUCAUAAUCCAGAACAGGCUAGCUGUGUGUCCAUGUCCACCCCAACAACAGGUUCCGUCUGUGCGACUCAUUCAGCCAUUGUGCACUUUGUCGCUUGAUUCCGUCAGCUGCAACACGCUCCCAGCUCCCACGCGGUGAAGAUAUCGUCAUACAUACCCGGAAAAGAAGGGUCAAGAUUCUUAGGAACAUUGAAGGCUGAAUCAGCGAUCUUGCUGCUUAGUCGUUGGCGCUACGCCCGUGGAUUUGUACCUUGCAAGCAGCUGUCCACCCCCGCCACAGAUGCUAGCCACCUUCGAAGCUGUGGCCACGUUCUUCUGCACACGAUUCAGUGAGGCAAUGACCUGCUCUGGAAAACCCGACCGGAACUCUGUAUCGCAGAUCUACGCGUAGAUUUCGCUCAUCGUUUGCUCAGACGCUCGCCCUGGCCUGCUGCAUCGACCAGGAUUUCUUCUAGCAAGCAGCAUCGAUCGCGUAGCAUCGUUGACGUCGUCGCCAACAAAUCGUGCAACACCCUACCGCAGAACCGCGGAGCGUAAGUCGUCGGACGAACUCCGUAGAUCUACGCGGUGCAUCUAUCGUCUCUGGGGCUUGGUGUUGUCAUGAGUAUUGCGCUGCAGCGCUAGUAGGAGCAGAAGCCGGCCCGGCUGGUUGUAUAAUCACUCGAUACCACUGUGGCGUUUCCGAACGAGCAGAUCGGGCUCGCUCGUCGGAUCGCCCACCGACUUGGCUAAGAUACAACUGCAACUUGAACCAAGCCACAUGUAGGCACCUUGGUGCUGCUACUGUGACAGUGAGCCGGCUUUUCUAUGUUUCGGAAUACGUUGGGAAGCAAGCAGACUCGAGGAGGCGACAUGGCCUACGAUUUGAGACCAGGGCCGAAUGAGGUGAUCCAUUUCCAAGCCGACCUGAAGAAGCUCACGAAAAGCAACGGCUCGAAGAUCAGCGAUCCUGUUUUCAAGCCCUUUGCUAUCAUUGAGAAUGCACCACGACGCGAAAUCUAUCUGGCUCAUUGUGAUAGCAGUUACAAAGAGAAGCGUACUCGACUCCAGGAGAGCAUCUGCAAGGUGUCGCUACCCAGCCACAAGGACUUCAGCCGCCUGCCGCAUGCCCUACAGAUCAAGUUCUCGGCAGACAAGCAGCCGCCACAGGUGUACGUGAGCAAUGAGCAGGACUUCGAGAAAUGGUGCAGCUGGCUGCAGUACAUACUGACAAAGGCAGACUACAAGCCGCUGAUUCCCGUUCACAUCCCCAGCUGCACGUUGCCCAUAGUCGGCCCGGCUCUGCUCCACAUCACGGACGGUUCGAUUCUCUUCCUGCAGCCGUCGACCAUGAACCCGGUCAACGUGUUCCCGGUUCAGAACGUCACGUCGUUCGGCUCCACGCAGAAGGACGUCUGGUUCAGAGUGUGCCACUUCUGCGCGAAGGCCAAAUCGGCGGACAGGACGGCGAAACAGACAGAGUACAACAUGCGAAGCGACAUCGACAUGGCCUGCACUUCCUUCAUCGCACAGAUGCAGGAGGAGGGGAAGGCGCAAACGCGCGGCAUCUGGUCCAUGGGGCAGGCACUCAACUGCGAAUCGUUUCUCCUGAACCACGCCAAUGUUUGCACCGCUGACAACCUUUGGUUUAUAAAAUUUGAACCCCACUUCCUGCCCAAAAUAGCCACCAUUUUCAAGUCAUCCUGGAAGAAGCUUGCGCGCCAGGCGGGCUUCAAGGUCAGCGACAUCAAGGCCCUGGAUGACCUAGGUGGUACCAAGUCGACGGUCCACUUCCUAGAGCGAUGGCUGACCUCCUUGCCACCAGACGUUCCAUCUGAGCCCAAGAAGCUGUUGGCACUAACGGAGGCAGCGGAGCUGACAAAGGAAGCUUUGGACCUAAGGCAUAUGUUCCUAGAUAUUGAGCAUUCUUAUGCACGUGAUAGACCACGCUCACCCACUGGUUUUGAUCGUCACUUGAGUCCGGAACUGCUUCCUGAGCCAGCACCUGGUAAUUACGGCGGGUCGGUCGGGCAAAGCACAGCUCGCUAUGGGGAACAUACUAGUACUAACCGUAUGUCAUCGAGACCCCUACCAGAACCAGGUGCAUCAAGACCUCUACCAGAACCAGGUGCAUCAAGACGUCUACCGGAACAAGGUGCACCAUCGGCGGGUACACUAGAUGCACGAGACACUACACUGCGAAGUGCAGACAGUCAAAUAGGCAACCCGGACCCCUCGCACCCGCUGAGCAUGAAACUGCUGAUCGGCAUCGGUUUUGUAAUCGAAGACAACUACGCCGAGAGUUGGGAGUACUUUCCCUUGCAGCUCUUGUGCGAGGAAGACGUCAAGGUCAUCGCGGCCCAGAACGAGAAUUUGUCAAUUGCCAUGAAAGUGAAGAAGUGCCUCGAGCACUGGAAAAGCACGCCCGCGCGGCGCACGCCACCCACAGCGGAGAACCUCAAACGUGCGCUGCACAAUGCCAGAAUGCCCAAAGCCGCCAAGUGGUACCAAGAUAAUGUCGGCUCUCUCGAGUAUUUAUCCAAUGCUGUCAGUAGUUCUGUUGGCAACAUUUAUGGCGGUGCUGGCGGACAGUAUGGUGUGCUAGAACCAGACAGAACGAGCUCACCAAGCGACACACACCGGCAGCCAGCAUCACGGUACAGCACCCCUUCCAACACCCCAGCACCGCCUUCCAUGCCCCUGCCACGUCCACCCGAUCAACAUCAACCAACAACUGAUUUCUCGCCCAUCUAUCCACAGCCAACUGCAGACUACAAUCGCCCACCUGUGCCACCGCCUGCUGACGGAGAUCCGCCGUUCAGACACAUACCUGCUGUGACGCAAACUCCACCCGGUGUGUUUGCCGAUUCUCCACCCGUACCAGUUCGGUCGAGUAGCCGAACUCCACCCGUCCAGCGAUCGCGGCACCCUGCUGCCGACUUGCAGACGGGAAGUGUAUCAGGUUACUACGACAACCACAGACCCCACGCGAAAUUGACCGCGCAAGGGGACACGGCAGAUGUCACCGCUCGCCUAGGCCAGGUGACCGUACGGCAACCUGCUGCAGUUCCUGCACAGCCAAGGCCAAAGCAGAGGGCAUCCAAGAUGAUGUCACGAAACAUGCCUUCACCACUGGAGCACCAGGCGGUGUCACCCAGUGUAGAAUCGCCGCCACCACUGCCCACAGGUCAGGAUGAGCCGGUGUGCCCGGUCGACUCUUCUUAUGACAUGCCGCUGCCCAGCGAAAUGUCGGCGGCGGCGUUGGACGGCAUGGGAACGCACUCCUUGCCGACCCAGUUCAGGAACUGUCCACCCAGAUUAGCCGGGGAUUUCCCCAUGGACGACGAACCGGAUGGAAUGAUGACAUCACCGUACGUGAAUCAGACAGGCAGCGCGCAACGCGUGACGGCUCUAACCGAGGAGGACGAGCUACGCCAGCACUCCGACAGUGAAUCACCAAAGAUGCCACGGCCACUUCCCAGAUCAGGCCGCUCCUCGUCAGAGCCCGGCGGCUACAUGAACGUCAGCAGUAAUAAGCACGGGGCACUGCAGGAGGUGGAUCCGUUGCAAGAGAGUCCGUAUACCACGCUGCAUAAAUUUGGCACAUGAAGUGAGCAGCCCGCCCAGGUGCGACUGCAUACUCUCUGCACAGUAGCAGGCUGGAAAGUUGUUGAGAACCAGGACAGGCAGGGUGUACUCCCUGACCACAUGGAUGACCGUGCGUUGUGCGUGUGUGUGUGUGUGUGUGUGUGUGUGUGUGUGUGUGUGCACGUGCCAUGUAUGGAUCGCAAGCAGUGCACUUGAAACAAGCAAGCGUCUGACGAAAAGCAGCAGAAAAUGAGCCUCGUUAAAUGGAUUGGACCACACGGCCGCUUGAACAUUGGAUUUGCGAAUAGCUGGCCACACAGCGGCGGCACAGUAGUGAUACACUGGUAGUGCCUGAUCGAUACCUAGUGUCUGCAGUGCUGCAUUGUAAGCCCAGCUGUGAAAUCCCAACAUGUAUCUAUUUCCAAUGAAGCCUUGAUGAACAGUUUUGCAAGCCAUGUGUCCAUAUGUAAUUCAUAUUUAGCGGCCCCUUCACCCUUUCCUGUCAAAAUCCGAAUCUGAAUCCGAAUUUGAAACCAAUAAUAACCUGACUGACCUGCCGUAAAUCCAGUACAUAUCUGUCCACCUAGGCAAAGCUAAAGCUACAUAUGCAUGCUAUUGUUUGAAGGUUGCGAAGCCAGUUUGUUUUGCCUAUUUUGGAGUAGAAUGAUAACUUUUUAGAGCCAAUGGUUGAUUUUCAGGUGUACAUGACUGAACAGUCCUGCUUGAUUUUGCUUUGUCGUAUUGCCGGUCAAUGCCGUUUGGUUCUUUUCCCUUUUUUAGACUCUUCAGUACGUGCAACUCCUCUUUUUUAAUUAAGACCUCAACACGCCAGCUUGAUUUUUUUAUGGCCAUGA